AUGCAUUAUCUGAAUCACACAGACUCCAACACACCACCCUGUGCUCCAUUUGGACCCUGGCCUCAGAAUUUGAUUUAUUGCAAGCUUAGUAGGGAGCAUGGUCAUAAGGCUAUAUACUGUAGGUAUGUGAGAGAGAGCAAGUGGAAGAACAAGGGAGGGAGAGAGAGAGAGAGAGAAGAAGAGGAAGAGAAAAAGAGAGAGCGAGAGGAAGAGGAAGAGAAACCCCCAGCCCCCCCACCCUCCUUAAUUACCUCCAUACCUCCAUCCCUCCAGCCCUCCAUCCCUCCAUGCCUCCAUACCUCCGACCCUCCCAUCCCUGUACUGAGCCCCUGA